AUGGAUACAGCUGCUAUUUUAGAACAGUAUACACAGGAUAUAUCCAAUCUUCCUGCAGAAUUGCAACAUUUAUUGUCAGAACUUGGAACUGGUGACUCAAAUCUUUAUGAAAUACGUCGUAAAAUUCUACAAAAAGAUUCAACAAUUCACAAGUUUAUCAAACAACAUGGAUCAUUAACAAAGAAUCCAAAAGAGAAUCAACUUUAUCCAAAGAUACGAGAAGAUUUCAGAAAAGCAGAGCAACUUCAAAGGGAAAAAUGUAUAACGGCCAAUACUGCACUAUUCUUGACGGCAAAACAUUUGAUAAAACUUGAGUCCGAUAUUGAAAAAUUGAGGUCUGAAGGUCUGUUAGCGCUUGAUGAUCUAGAUAUUGAUUCAGACGAUGAGUUGUUUUCAAGUAGAGGUGCUUCACGCUCAACAACUGCUGGUGUCUCCUUGACAUCCAACGUAAUAAGUAAUGGGAAUGGUGCUGGUCAUGAUCUUCCAUCAAAUGUUUCCUCAGUUAAUGCUGCUGCUGCUUCAACUAUGAAGAAACAAUCUAGAAAAUCAACGGGCCCUAAAUCAGUCACUCCAGGUGCAUCCUCUGUUGCUUCAAGACCACUGAAAAGACAUAGAACCGAAGAAUCUAAAACCCCGGAUCCAAAAAUUGAAACUGUUGUUCUCACCACUGUUGCUAAUGAAGAAGAAAAUGAAUUGUAUUGUUUUUGCCAACGUGUUUCUUUUGGAGAAAUGGUUGGUUGUGAUAAUGACGAUUGUAAAUAUGAAUGGUUUCAUUAUGAAUGUGUUGGUCUCAAAGAACCACCAAAGGGUAAAUGGUAUUGUCCUGACUGUAUUGAAAGACAGAAACAGAAAGAAAACAAAAAGAAG